UUGGAACGGUGUGCAUAUCAUUCUUCAGAACCUAAAUACUUCUUCUCUGUUUGUGUUGCGCCAGUUUUCGGCACGGAACCAAAAUGGUUACUAUUAGCCGAACUUAUUGAGCACUACAAACUGCAGGGAGCCUCCUACUUUUACGUCUAUUCAAAACAUAUCGACGAGUACAGCCGCAUCCUUCUCGAUGACUACAUUCGCACUGGAGAAGCGGAAGCGGUUAUUUUGCACGAUCGUUUCCAAAGACCCGAUGACAGAUGGCAGGGAGUACAAUUGCAGGACUGCCUUCUACGGGCUCGUCGGCAUUCCCAAUGGAUCGCUUUUAUCGAUCUUGACGAGCGGUUGGUCAUGACAGAUUACCCUGGGACCAUCUAUGACUACUUGAAAAACAUUUCAAACCCGAAAAUUGGAGCAAUACAAUUUCGACAACGAUGGAUUCUCAAGAAUGAUUCACUCCCAGAACGAUAUGAAGAUGCCGAGCAGGUGAGCACAUGGAUGCCGACGCGGCGCUACCAUAAUACCUCGCACGUUGGUCCACCCGGCCAUACAACGAAGUGCAUUGUCGACCCGGAAAAGGCAAGCUAA